AUGUCCCAAACAUACUUGCUGACGCCCGACAAUGCUGCACUAUCACGACAUCCAGUUGCAGCCACAAACAAGGCGACAACAAUAUCAGGCAAGGAUGCGUUAGCAGGCGCAGCCGGAGGUGUUGUUUCGGUGCUUCUCGGCCAGCCUUUCGACCUGAUCAAAGUACGCCUCCAGACAAGCGACUCCGGCAAUGUUUGGCAAGUCGUGAAGGGCAUCUGGCUACACGAAGGUCCACUUGCCUUUUACAAAGGUGCAGCACUUCCGUUUCUGGGCGUUGGUGCUUCAGUGAGUAUCCAAUUUAUGACCUUCCACAGCUUGCGUCAAUACUUCGAAAGGCAACAGCACAGCCAGCGUGCCUCGACCGGACAAAACUACCUUUCUGGAGGGGCAGCAGGCAUUGCCAACAGCAUCAUUUCUGGACCUGUCGAACACAUCAGGACAAGGUUACAACUUCAGCCUCAUGGUGUCGCGAGGCUGUAUUCGGGACCAUCCGACUGUGUCAGACAGAUCUUCGCAAAAGCUGGAGUCGCAGGGAUCUUCAAGGCGUAUCCGACCACUGUUCUACGAGAGUUUCAGGCCUACGGUUUUUAUUUUGCAGCUUUUGAAGCAAGUCUAGGCUCGAUUGCUAGCUUGAAGGGCAAAGAGCGGAAGGACAUAGCCGUCUGGGAAACAAUACCAUGCGGUGCUUUGGCCGGGAUAGCGUUCUGGAUAGGCAGCUAUCCUAUCGAUGCGGUCAAGACCAGGUUGCAAAGCGAUGGUUUUGGUGCUGAUGCUAGGUAUCGAACUACCUGGGCUGUGGUGAAGGAGAUAUGGCAAUACGGCGGUUUUCGAGGCUUCUGGCGUGGUCUGGCCCCAACACUUGUGAGGACGUCAUUAUCGUCAGCAGGGUGCUUUGCUGUGAUUGAGCACUUGAGAAAACUGAUGUGA